AGCCCAUCGUGUAAACACGGCGAUGGUGUCGCAUUGUCGUUUGCGUUUGGACGACCUGCUUGUCUUAUUAUGGAAAUUUUAAAUGUUCUGCCCGGUUGUUGUGAGAGUGUUUAGCCUAGUUAAUUAUUUUCAAAUAUUCUUUCCCAGGAGAUGAACUAAUAAUUGGCAAUGGCGAGGAAAUUUACACCUAUAUCAUUGGCGGCUGUCGCCAUUUUGCUGCUAAGGACGCCAUUCUGCAGUGGUGUCACGGUCACAAAUAUCCGCAUCGUUAAUGACCAAGACCCGAACAGUCGACAAGUCGGGAGACUCGAGAUCCAAGUGGACAAUGCGGGCCAGUGGGGAGGCGUCUGCGAUGACAAGUUUGGCCAGAACGAGGCUAUCGUGGCUUGCCGUAUGCUGGGAUUCACGAAUGGAGGACAAGCAAUUCUGGACGGCAGGUAUGGAUUUGUGGGAAGUUUUCUCAUGGAUGAUACCGAGUGUCGAGGAGACGAAGGCAACUUGACCCAGUGUCUCGCCUCUCAGCAAAGCGACUGCACCAGGUCCUCGGACUUCAUGGUGGGCUUGCAGUGUAACGACAACAUCGGCCCAGGGGGGGGAACCCCGAGCCCCGUGGUCACCACCACUCAGGCAGCCAGCGUCAUCAGUGACAAUUGUCAAACGACUAACCCGACUGUCCGUCUUGUCGGGAAGCAAGGUGUUCCUGGUAUAGGUUUUGUAGAAAUCCAGAACCCGAACACUCGCCGCUGGGGGUUUGUGUGUGACGACGGCUGGAACGAGAUGGCCGCCAAAGUUGUUUGUGCGCAGUUGUGCUUCCCAACGACGUACAUAGCAAAACCGGGUAUCCCCGCGGAGCAUCGAGUUCAGCCCGCCAACCCAGACGUGAUCCUGGAUAACACGCAGUGUGCUGGGACGGAGGCCUCGCUGCAAGACUGUCCGCACGCCGCGUGGGGAGUGGAGGAUUGUCUUGAGACAGACGGGGAGCUGGCGGGCGUGCAGUGUGUGGCUGCCAACUACGAGCCUCCGCCACCUCCGGUGCCAGACUUGCAGUGCGCCAACGGUCUUCUGGUGGCGACUUUCUCACGUAUAAGUGACCCAGACCUGGAGGCCAAGCAUAUAACGGUGUUCUCCGAUCCCGCGUGUGCCGACGUCAGCAAAGACACAACCACCACGGCGGUGUCCAUUUCCAUACCGGUCAACAAAUGUGGAACAAUUUUAUCUGGAAAUGCUACCCAUGUGCGUUACUCCAACAUUCUCAAAUAUGACUACACAAGUCAGGAGGGAUUUAUCACCAGAGUCAACACCUAUAGGAUUAUAUUGGACUGCUCGUACCCACGGAACGACACCGUGACUCAACGGGUCCAGCCUUUGACAGAGUCGGUCACCCAGAGUGCAAUAGGGCGCUUCCAGUUCUCCAUGGAGGUUUACCGUAACGACAGCUUCAGCACCCCCGAGGUGACGAACCCGGUGCAGAUCCCACUGGGCGAGUACCUGAACAUGGCCGUGCUGAUGACAGACUACGAUGACCAGCUGAAGCUUGUGGUCACGGACUGCUUGACUACUCCGGCCGGAGACGUACUGGGAAAUGUGAAAAAGGUUCUGUUUUCAAACAAAUUUCGGAAACACCGAUGAUGAUGAUAUAAAAAUAGUCAUUGGUAAGGAUGACAAACCAAUGACUCAGCCACCAGGCACAACAGCGAAACCAUCAUGGUCGCCUUCAAUAUUAUCAACCCAGUCUUCUUCAACUCCCGCCCCUUCAUCAACAGCAGCCUGGGCACCUCCGCCUACAAGACCACUGUCUUCAGAGAACCUGUUUGAAGAGCUAACAGACACGUCAAAGGAAGCUUCUGGAGAAGAGAGCGGCCACAAGAAGAUGGGAACAGAUGGCGCCACCUCGUCCCAGCUGUGUUUAUCCGCUUUUGUCAUCGCUGUCUUAAGUUUGUGUCUUCGCACUUUGUGAGAGCAGUAGCUAGAUGUACAUUACCUUGGGUUCUUUUCGUAAUACUCGAAGUAAGAUUUAUAUAAUCAGUGGGUUUAUUUCAUUGCUAUUUAGAUGAGAUUUAUGAUAUAAAAUUAAUGCAGAUCCGUGGGUUCGUCUUAUUACUCUAAAAGCAAGAUGUAUAAUAUAAUCAGUGAGUUGAACCCAUGUCUUAUAACUCUUGAAACAAGAUUUAUAUAAUUAAUGAGUAGAACCUGCAUCUCAUUACCCUUGAAACAAGAUUGAUGUAGAUCAGUGAGUACAUGUUAUUACUCUUAAAACCAGAUUUAUAUUAACAAUGGAUUUAUCUCAUUACUCUUAUGUUCCUCUACCUUUUACUAUAGGGCCUGUUCCACAAUUAUACCACAGACUGAGACUGUUUCAAUCAAGGCAGCGAAGCGCUUAAACAAAAUUUAUUAUGUAAGGGCUUUUAUCUCAUUACUCAAGAUCUUGAAUGACAGAUUGUGUGAAGCCAGAAAGAUAAGUUGAAAUUUUAUGAAUGAGACAAUGGUAAUUCGAAGAGCAAAAGUAAAGUUGUUCCCGCAUCCGAUCCGGACAUUGGGGAUUGCCUUGUUAGUGAGACAGCUUCCUUGGCCUUCAGCAUAAUGUGGUAGGGUGGCAAGUUCCUUUCCAUGCUGCCUUUACUUCCCCAACUCGAAGUCAGGUACCAAUUACUGUUGGGUGGACAGGAGGGGGCGAAAAAAAAUCCGUGUCCGAAUUCGAAGAGUACUGGGGAAAAAAUUGAUGGUGUCUUAACCAUAGCCCUUUGUUUUAGAUUCCGUUUGUGUAAAAAUUAAUUAGGCCUACAUAAAAAAUUUAUAUUUGUCUGAAGUAGAUCACUAAAUAAAUAUUUCAAAAGCAGAGCAUAAACACCUUAAUCUUUUUGAGCCAUACCCGGCCUAAAACGGGCUUCCCAUCAUGUUGGCAUCAUACUGGCUUUCCCGCUCUUUAGCCAUACCGGCUUUUACCGGUCGAACGCACCCGCCUUUAGUGCAAGCUUGGAAAAAAGAACAAUCCGCUCUAAAUUUAGAUGCUAACGUCCUGGUCCUUGUUUGUGAAAUUUCAUUGAAAUGCGUCGUUUAGAUCGCAAGCAAAAGCAAUUUCUGUGCGACACCGUCCCUGAACCUCUGAAAAACACUGAAAUACUUCGGUUCUGGAAAGUCAUCAACUGGCCGCCAUUUUGGUUGUGCUGUGCUGACCUGCUGACCUUUUCAUGUUGCUAAGAGACUAAGAGGGUUAAAAAAUUGUUUACAUGAUAGAAAUAGGAAGUCUCUGGAUUUCAAUUUCUAGUUAGUAGAAAAAUGUAACAUCAGUAGUUUUUUUCUUGCAGUCUUCUAUUUUUUGUGUGUUCUUGUUCACUUUUGUAUAGCAAACAAGAUGUUUUGGGGUGGCUUGUUUCUUGUUUUUCUUUGGGGGGG